AUGCUCGACGAUGGAUCCAGACUUUACUUGGCCACAUCAGCUUUGGUGCUGGCUAUCUUCAGCUGUUACCGAAAAUAUCGGGACAAGCAAUUAGGUCCUCCACUUCCACCUGGUCCUACGCCCCUCCCAAUACUGGGGAAUGUUCUGAGUCUUGAUGUCGCUCGGCCUUGGCAGACCUUCAAUGCCUGGAGGUCCACAUAUGGCGACAUCAUUUAUGCUCGUCUCCUCAACAAGCCUGUGGUUGUGAUUAACUCUGAGGAGAUUGCGAAAGACCUCUUUGAAGGGCGUCCCACCAUUUAUUCGGAUAAACCCCAGUCCAUUGUUUACGAACACUUCGGUGCGGACUCCAACAUGGGGCUUAUGCCAUAUGGAGACAGGUGGCGCCUUCACCGACGAAUCUGUCAUCAGGCAUUUCAUCAAGCUAAAGCACCCGCUUAUCACACUAUACAAAUGCGUUGUGCCCACAAAAUGUUGUUUAGUAUUCUACAGGACCCUAGCGAAUAUUCAAGACAUUUUGAGAUGUUUACCGUUUCCUUUGUACUGUCUUCAGUAUAUGGUUAUGAAACAAAAGCCCAGGAUGAUACCAUGGUCCUCAUCUUGGAAAAAUUCGCAGACCGGCUACUCGCAGCCUUGACGCCAGGUGUUACUGUGAUACUCGAAACAUUCCCUUUCCUUUUGAAGCUACCCAGCUGGUUCCCUGGUGCCACGUUCAAGCGAGCAUCACUGGAGUGUCUCAAGGCAGCCCAUGAUAUGACGGAGAUACCCUUUCGAAUUGUCAAAGAGAGAAUGUCUGCCGGCGUCAUGGCGCCUUGCUUCGUGGCUGAUACUUUGAACAGGAUGAGGUGUUUAGAUGAUCCCGUCAUUACAACUGCAGUCAAGGAGGCUGCUUCUGUAAUAUUUGCAGGGGCAUCUGAAACGACUACUGCCACGUUACGCGUGUUCAUUCUUGCUAUGGUGCUCAAUCCAGAGAUACAAGCCAAAGCGCAAGCAGAGAUUGAUGAAAUCGUUGGCAAUGAUAGACUCCCCAAUUUCAGUGACAGACCAGUGUUGCCUUACAUUGACGCUGUUUUGCGUGAAACACUCAGGUGGCAGCCCGUCUUUCCAUUUGGCAUCCCAGGCGCAACAACGACCAGUGAUAUUUACAAAGGCUACUUCAUCCCCAAAGGCUUGGCACUUACACACGAUGAAAAGAAGUACCCCAGUCCUGAUGAAUUCAAACCGGAAAGAUUUCUUCAUGAAGAUGGGUCGCUCACUAGUGACAGGAUGCAAUUAGGCUUUGGCUUUGGUCGCCGGAUCUGUAUGGGACGAUAUGUCGCGGAUGCGUCACUCUGGAUCGCGAUGACGAGCUUUCUCGCCAUAUUCUCAGCUCACAAGGCUCUUGAUGAACACGGCAUGGACAUCCCAGUCAUUCCAAAGUUCUCUACAGGUCUCGCCAUUCAUCCGGAGAAAUUUCCUUGCCGCAUUGUCCCGCGGUUCCCCGAUACAUCUUUGAAGACACUGAUGCACUUGACUGGGUUAGAUCCGUGCGUCGACAUCUCCUAA